AUGUCUGACAAGCCAGACCUCACAGAAAUCGCCAGGUUUGACAAAACCAAGCUGAAGAAGACUGAGACAAAAGAGAAGAACCCUCUGCCCACCAAAGAGACUAUCGAGCAGGAGAGGAAAGGAGAUGCCACCCCAUGACCUGAGACAAGAAGACAAGCACAAAACAUGUUCUUCUGACAUGGCAGAUAUUACAAUUCCUAUUUCUGUUUAAAGGGUGCUAUUGCCCCAUGUGAUGCAUUGUUACCAUGGCGAUUGGAGUCACUGGGGCCUAUGAAUGGGAGUGUGAUGAAGGGGGUGACAUGAGACAGGGUUUAAAAUAGAUAUUUUACCAAAUUCUGUUUAGUGCAUUUGUUUUUUUUAAUUUUUUUAAAAGGGUUUCUUCAUGAAAUAAAGACAAAAUGAAAUGUAAAACAAAUAAAAUGCCAAAUAUGACUCCUCUACAUAAAAUGAUCUUUCUUUAGGUGAUUAUUCAAUGCUAAUGUAUGGUUUUAAUGUUUUAUGGGGACUUUCCAUAGACAUAAUGAUUUUAUACCGUAUAAACUGCAUAUUCUAUUACUUAACUCUACUCCUAAACCUACCCAUCACAAAAAAAAAAAAAAAAAAACUUUCUGCAUUUUCAAAAAAACAUCAUUUAAUAUGAUUUAUAAGCUGUUUUCAUCAUGGGGAUAUUUUGUAUGGACCACACACAUAUGCACAUCUUUGGGGGGUGGUAAUAUGUUUUUUUUGUUAUGAAAAAAACCAGUAAAAAAAAAAAAAAAAAAAACAGUAAUUCCUGUAAAGGCAAAGUUGAAUUUUCAGCUGUCAUUGCAGGCUUCAGUGUCACAUGACCCUUCAGAAAUCAUUCUAAUAUGCUGAUUUGCUGCUCAAGUAACAUUUAUUAUUAUUAUCAAUGUUGCAAACAGUCUGUUAAUAUUUAGCUGGAAACCUGGAUAGAUUUUGUUAGGAUUCUCUGAUGAAUAGAAAGUUUAAAAAGAACAGCAUUUAUUUGACAUUUUUUAAUUUGACUUUUUUUUUUUUUAAUUGUCUGUAAGCCUACUGUCACUUUUGAUCAAUUGAAUGCAUCCUCGAUUAAUAAAACCGUUGUAACACCA